AUGGUUGUCUUUGGCGCGCUUGCUACGGUUGUAGGCCUGGCCGCCUCAACUUAUGCCCAAAUCACAGUGGACACUAGUUCGAAGUUGCAAAACAUCGACGGUUUUGGCUUCUCCCAAGCCUUUGGACGAGCCAAAGAGUUCGAAAAUGCCCCCAAGGCUCUUCAGCAGGAGGCUCUUGACUUGCUUUUCAGCACCACCAAGGGCGCUGGCUUCAGCAUCAUCCGCAACCGCAUUGGUUCUGGCGGUAGGGGCGACAGCAUUCUCCCAACGAGCCCUGGCUCUCCUUCGGGCAAGCCCACCUAUGUCUGGGACAACGACGACAGCGGACAAGUCUGGUUCACCAAGCAGGCUGUGAGCUAUGGUGUCAAGCAAAUCUAUGCCGAUGCCUGGAGUGCUCCUGGCUUCAUGAAGACUAGCGGAAAUGAGGCCAAGGCUGGGUAUCUGUGUGGUACUACCGGCCACACCUGCUCCUCUGGCGAUUGGAGACAGGCUUAUGCCAACUUCCUCACGCAGUACAUCAAGUACUACCAGCAGUCUGGGCUCAAUGUGACACACGUUGGCUUCCUUAACGAGCCCGACUACUCACCAGGCUACUCUCAGAUGCAGAUCAGCUUCAACGCCCAGGAGGCUAUCUCUUUCAUUCCCACUUUGCACAAGACACUCCAGUCUGCUGGUCUGACGACCAAGAUCACCUGCUGCGACGCCGUCGGCUGGGGUUCUACUGUGAAGUACACCAACGCCCUCGUUCCUGCGGGCAUGGAGCAGUACCUGGGUCUCAUCACCUCUCACACUUACUCUGGCGACGCCGACACCGCCCUCAACACCAAGCUUUCCUCCUGGGUCACCGAGUCCGGCAUCACCAAGGCUUACGACACCACUUGGUACAAGAACGGCGGUCCAACCGAGGGAAUGACAUGGGCCAACAAAAUCGCCGUCGGCAUCAUCAACGCCCGGCUGUCUGCCUACCUGUACUGGGAGGGCUUUGAAUUGAAGCAGCUUAGCUCCGACAGCCACCUGAUCGACACACUCGACGGCAAGACCGCCACUCCCUCUGCCAACUUCUACGCCUUUGCCAUGUGGUCCAGAUACAUCCGCCCUGGAGCCCAGCGUCUUGCGACCUCCGGAACCAUUGCAAACGUACUCACCGCCGCUGUUCGCAACACCGAUGGCUCCAUGGUCCUUGUCCUCACCAACAACGGCCUUACGGCUCAGUCUGCUAAGGUGUCCAUCAAGGGGUUCACCCCCAAGACCUCGGCCGCCUAUGUCACCGACAACACCCACAAGUUCGCUUCCACACAGUCCACCAUCUCUGGAACUGCUAUCUCUGUUUCUGUUCCUAGCAAGGGUGUCGUCACUGUGAAGCUCACGUAA